UGGUGUUGAAACAAAUCCUUCUGGUAUCACCAGUGUUCUCCUUGAAUCUGAAUUUACCACAAGUGAGAAUGUACCAACAGUUACAAUCAAACAUACAGACCUGGUGGAAUCACCUGAAUUUAUGCCCUCGGAAUCUGUGCUUUUGCUUGACAAAACCCUUCCUGCAAGUGUUUCUACAGACAAAUCAUCUGUAAAUAUCUCAGACUUUUCAUCCAUCUUUUUAUCAACACCAUCUUUCUUUGAAUCUAGCAGCUGGUCAUCUUUAUCAUCUGCUGUAUCCACCUUUUAUUCAAGAAUGCCAAGUGAUUUAUCAACACUAUUACCUCAGGUCUCCCCUACGCUGCUGGGGACAUCGGUAGUUUUUGAUGCUUCCUUUAGUUGGGAUUCAGCUGACUUUCCUGCCACUGACAGGACAAAUAUAGAGAUUUCUCAACUCUCUCCCUGGCAGACUUCAUAUCUAUAUUCCAAUACAUUCUCUAUUUCAAACACACACAAUCCUGAAGUGAUGUCUUCAAGUUUUUACUCUGACUUCUCCAAGUUAUUAGAAGGAACAUCAGUCUUGCUAAUGGAUUCUGAAGUUUCGCUUACCUCAGUUUUCACAGAAGCUACCUCUCAGUUAGAGUCUUCACUCUUCUCCCUUGAAUCAGCAGUUCCUACACUGGUGCUGUCCAUUUCUGACUCGGAAUCUGUUCUAACCAGCAAUAUCUUGGUUGAUGAAACCUCAUGGUUUACCAGUUUUCAGACAACUCCUGUCUUAAGUUUACCUUCAUCCCUUCUCUCAACUGUUACAGCUUCAGAUGAGGAUAUCGGUGCUACUGUUAACUACACGUUGCUUUUAACAUCUCUCUCCAAGGCAACUGCUAGCACAGCACCUUUUACAACAAAUCCAUAUACGUCUUUGUUGAGCACAAAAGCGAGCAGCAUUAUCGCUUCACCUAUACAGUCAAUAUCUGUGGUCACAUCAUUUGUACCCACACAGCUGCCUCCAUCCACAAACACUUCAGUUGAAUUUGGUACACCAACAAAAACUAGUGUAACUGAAGUUACCAAUAUAACAGGUGCUUCUACCGUCACUUCAGCCACCGUUAGUCGCACAGAUAGCCAUAGUACAACUACUGAGAGCAGCUCAAGUACUUCCUCAUCCCCUUCUACUGCUGUAGUGGCUACAACUCCAUCUGAAGUUAUAAUUAUCAACACCACCCGACAACCAUAUGUUUGUGACAUCACUGUUCCUGACACUUACUUAAUAAUGGCUGUGCUGGCCCGAACAGCUGUGCUAGAAAAUGUCAGUGAGUCCAUCAAAGAAGUGCUGAGACUUCAGUUCAGGCGAGCAGUAGAACUGGAGGUUUAUAAAAUUUCCCCAAAAUUCUCUUUCUUGGUGACAUCAGGUCCUUUUGUUUACACGGCAAUAGCUGUCAUAAACGUGCUUAUGAACAGCAAUCUUCUUCAAGGUCAGGCACCUGUAAUCCUGUCACUGCAGCCUUCUUUCACCAUGCCAGAGCCCAGGUUCCAAGCUCGCACAGUUCUUCAGUUUGUGCCUCAAAACGUUGAUAUUGGGUUCUGUAACUUCAGCCAGCACAUUGAGAAAGGGCUGACAAUGGCAUUCAUGGAGGCGAGAAAACAUCAGAGUAUCCACAAUGUCACAGUGCAGAUACUGAAUAUAACUCUGAGCAAGCCUCAAAUGGCAAUUCGGCAGGGCCCCGUGAACAUUGUCUUUGCCAUUAAGGAUACAUAUGGAUUCUUGAAUGGAUCUGAAGUCAGUGAGCUCCUGAGGAACCUGUCUGUGGUGGAGUUCAGUUUCUACUUGGGCUUUCCUGUGCAGCAAAUUGCCGAACCCUUUCGUUAUCCUCAACUCAAUGUGUCUCAGUCAAUGAAAACUUCCUGGGUGAGAACAGUUCUUCUGGGUGUUGUCACUCAGCAAAUUCAAAAGGAAGUGUUUCAGGCUGAGAUGGAGCGGAAACUGGCACAGCUGUUCAAUGAGGCAUUAACCAGAGCGCGAAUAUGGAAACGGGCCACGAUUUCAGGGAACAUCAUUGUGCAGAUUGUCAAUGUGUCACAGCUAGAGGGGGCUGAUCACCCUGUAGAACUGAUCUAUUUUGUGGAAGGUCAAAAUGGAGAGAGGCUCAGCGCUGAACAGUCUUCAGAUCUGAUUAACAGAGUGGACAUCCAGAGAGCUGCUAUCAUUCUCGGAUACCGUAUUCAAGACCCAGUUGCUCAACCUGUGGAUAAAUUGAAAGAGUCGGCAUCUGAUUCUCAGAAUAACAAUCUGUGGAUUAUUGUCGGUGUGGUAGUCCCCGUGGCUGUGGUGCUGCUUAUCAUUAUUAUUUUAUACUGGAAGCUCUGCCGAACAGACAAGUUGGAGUUUCAGCCAGACACCAUGAGCAAUAUUCAGCAGCGACAGAAGCUACAAGCUCCCAGUGUGAAAGGGUUUGAUUUUGCUAAACAGCACCUGGGCCAGCACAACAAAGACGAUAUCCUGAUCAUUCAUGAGCCAGCUCCUCUCCCGGGACCUGUUAAAGACGCUAACCCUUCUGAAAAUGGAGCCGUGCCAACCCCCAAAUCAAAGACCACUUCAAAGCCUUCAAAGAAUGUUCGACACAGAGGGAGAGUUUCCCCUUCGGAUGCUGAUUCCACAGCGAGUGAACAGUCCAGUGAGAAAGAGACAGGAGAAGAAACUGCAAGACCACCAACCACAGCCAAUGAGGGCAAACCACGCAGAGGUCCAAAGAGUGGACCUCCACAGAGCAGUAGUGGAAAUGAGCAGCAAUCCUCAGCAUCUAUCUUUGAGCAUGUGGACAGGAUGUCUCGUUCCUCAGAAGCAAGCAGACGGGUCCCAAGCAAGAUCCAGUUGAUUGCCAUGCAGCCAAUUGCAGCCCCUCCAGUUCAUAACCUAGCACUGUCUGACCGAAUAGCUGAGACCAACAAAAUUAACAAAGAGAUACAGACAGCCCUGAGGCAUAAGUCAGAGAUUGAACAUCACCGUAAUAAGAUCCGUCUCCGAGCCAAGCGCAAAGGCCACUAUGAAUUUCCACUUGUGGAUGAUGUGAUUGUCAUUGAUGCCAAAGAGCAGCACAGAAUAUACCGCAAGGCGCAGAUGCAGAUUGACAAGAUCUUGGACCCUGGGGGCAACGUGCCUACUGUUUUUAUCGAACCCAGGAAGAGUUCACGUGCAAAACGUUCUCCCAAGCAGCGUCGGAGACACCAAAUAAAUGGCAGCCCCAUUGAUGCUGAGAAGGACAGGCUAAUCACCACUGACAGUGAUGGGACAUACAAAAGACCACCAGGAGUCAACAAUUCUGCAUAUAUUUCCGAUCCCGACGUGCCUGCGGAACCGCAGACACCUUCUCUUGAUCUUGGGAAGUACCCAGCCUUGCCUCCCUACCCAGCCUCUCAGUACAUCCCUCCACAGCCAUCCAUUGAAGAGGCCCGGCAGACCAUGCACUCUCUCUUGGAUGAUGCCUUUGCCCUGGUGGCUCCCAGUAGCCAAGCAGCAAGUUCCACUGCCAUCACAUCACCGGGGGUCUCUGCAGGACAGCCGAGGUAUGUGGAAUUUGGAAUGACUCCUCCGACAGCGCCGGGCCUGCUGCAGAGGCAAAGUUUUGGCCCGGGUUUCCUUCCACCUGCAGAAUUAAUGCACCCAGACCAGCACCAGUCUGAUGGUCAAUACUCCUCCCGAGGGAUAUACCCGGAAGAAUUGCCAUCGGUGGCACGGCCACGACCAGUUGGAAGCACUGCAGGUUCUCAGAUACAGCACCUCACUCAGGUGGGAAUUGCUAGCAGAAUCGGAGCCCAACAAGUGGAGAUUCCCUCAGUCAGAGCAGGGCAUGGCCAGCCGGGGGCACCAGGGUGGCCCCAGUAUCGUGAAGAGGAUGACUAUGCUAGGAGAGAUGCAACUCAUAUGCAUGGACAUCAAGAAUAUUCCUCCUCACCAGCAUUCCAGAUGCAGAAGACUUCAGCCAGACAGCCCUCGGCACCACCUGCGCAUCUUCCACACAGCAGCCUUCAGGGGCAGGGCCUCUGCUACACCACCAGUUCCAAUGAGGACCUUCAAACUGGUCACUCCUCUGCAUCUCUCAUAAAAGCAAUUAGAGAGGAACUUCUGCGCCUCUCACAGAAACAGACAGCAGUGCAGAACUUUCACAGCUGAUUUGUCGUGUUCAUGCAAAUCUUCCAGGUAUCUGCUUCCUAUGGAAGCAAGACUCAAAGGAAAUCAGCAAUGUUUUCCUUCUGUCAUCAGAGCGAACUUCCACAGCGCCAGAAAUUACACAUCAGAAAAGAGCAGCAAUAGAAGGGGAGAGAGAGAGAGGUGUGUGGAGGCAGGGAUAAGGAGGCCAUACGUGGUAUUGUCAGAGCUGGCUAUCCUGCUUAAUCUGUUAGCAUCACUGUGCCCCUCCUUGGUUUGAUCUAAUGAACAAAGUUAAACUUUAGUUCGAAAGCCAGCUCUAAAAAAAUACCACACGCACUACCCCCAUCAAGAAAAGAAGAAGGUAAAACUUCUUGCUUAAAGAAGAAGGCAAAACUUGCCUAUUACCAGCAAGAGGGAUUGAAUUGACAUUUCAUGAAGAGAUAACAAGAAUUCUAACCUCUCCAAUAUAUUUAGGGAAGUGGCUCAUGUUGCUGCUUUCCAAGAUUGCAAACCAUGCAAGAUCAGAGAUGCUGAAGGUGCAGUCCAGCACAGGAAAUCACCUUAAUGACAAAAACAGUAAAACUGCUUAGAAAAAAAAGAAUUUGAGCUACGUGUAACAAACCAGAACAAUAAUUGUUAUAGCGUUCUCUUUUCAGAUGGAGCUACUCUCUGCACUCCUCCUCAUUUUUCUGCUGGUGCUGAAGCUUCAAGUGUCCCUUCAUCUUCAUGUUUUCAAAGUAAAAUCAUGGCCGCCUUAAACCCAAGAAUAGAUCUGUAGACUCAUGCAGAAUGGGAAAGCAAAAUGUCCAAAAAGAAAAGUCUGGAUAUUUAUUCUGUUAAAAAUACAUUGAAAUCUAGAUGGGAAUUCUUAGCCUCAGUUGAAUUUUAAAGCAUAAGUAUGUAUGUUUGUCUUCUAAGCUCAGAUCCUCACGUACUAUAUGCUUUCACAAGACCAGAGUUAAAAUAUCUGUGAUUUGCUAUGUGGACAGAAAACAAGCUAGUCUGGGUGAUAUAGGUUCCAUCAGCAUUAGUUAUAAAUUUACUGUAAACCAUGGCAUCUCAGUCAUGUCUAGUGAAACUGAAUUUUACAAAAGAUAAAACUUGGCACUUAGACAUUUAGAGUAUUAAUAUAAGCUUAGAUUUGUUGUUUGAGACAGUUACUCUAUUUCUGUUUUUAUUGUCCCUAGAGAUGAAAGGGCCUGGUAACAGUGGUGCAUGUCCUGGAGCAUUUAUCGUUUUAUCUAGAGUUUAAUUUACAAUUAGCUAUGAGUUUACUAACAUUUGGCCAUUGCAUAAUUGUAACCUUGAUAAUACAAGUGAAAAUUCUAACUAAAGUUUGCUUUGUUGGAGUACUUUUCUUUUUACCGUACAUUGAAUUAAAGCUAGAAUGAUGGCAUAGAGAAAGUUACUAUUGGUCAGGAGGGUUAGGAGUUUCAUAGUGAGAAAGCGAUGUUCUUGACUACUUGAUGCUAGGAGUUGGGAUUUUCAAACACCAAACCCAAGGGUAGUAAUGAAUGGCUUAAUCAAUUGUGAACAAUGAAAGGGGUCACCAAGCAGGUGGCUUAGAGGAAUGUCCAGGUUUGCCUCAUAUAGAUUCCUUACUUGGCUGAUGUUUGAAUCAGCGUUGGAAUAGUAUCAUAUAUGGCAUCUUUAUGGUGGGUCAGCUAUGAGGGUACCCACGUGUGUGUCCUCAAUUACAAGACAGAUUCACCGUAUGAUAAAAGUGGAAACAAAAGAGGAGGAACCUUGCCUUAUACUUCUAGACACGCACGUGUGACAGUCAUUGUCACAGCCACCAAAAUUAGGCAGCUGAAGACUGAGUAGCUGGUUGCUUAUUAGCAUUAAAAAAAGAAUUAUUAUUGCUCUUGAUAUCAGGACAAGGUUACACUUUUGUUGAUCCAAGUUCAUCAAAUAGGCAUAUGAGAUGCUUAACCUACUAGAGCAGUCUAAGUAAAAUUCUGAGAUUUAUAAUCAAUCCCCCAGCCUUCAUGAGGCCAAACUGAGAUACUGAAUUUAAUCCUGAUGCCUGCAUAGUGGUGAUCAGUAAGCCAUCAAGUCUAUACAUUUUUUUUCAUAUAUUUUUAUGUGGCAUUCUGAAAAUUUUGCCUUUUAGUGCAUAACCGGUUAUCCCCCUGGGGCAAAGACAUUGGAUGAAAAAUUAGUUUCCUAAUAGAUUUGUUAAAGUAAACCCUAUGGCUGCUUUAAAGUGAGACACUAACACUGAAACCAAUUUGAAAAACAAGAGCAUUAGUGGGGUAAAAAAAUGUACUUGGGCCAGAAUUUGUAUGCUUUGAUAUUACUGAAAACUGUUUUCAGGGUGUUUCGUUAAAACGUCUCUCCCUUGCAGCCCAAACUGUCCUUCUAGAACCUAUAGUGAAGUCAGAUUACUUAACGUCUGCUAUCGCUCCACUUACGGGAUCAUUAAUACAUUGUGCUUUUAAUACAUUAUAAUUAAUAUAUUGUGUGAUCUUUAAUAUAGCAUUAUAAGUGCACUUCAAGAAUACAUGGGUUGUUGGGUGUGAUGUCUUUAUUAAAUGCAAUACUGUAACCAGCAAACAUGGCUAAGACGUCUGGAAGAUUAGCUCUGAAUUGGAUGAGAGGAUAGAUGAUUUACACCAGGCCCUCAGUGCAGCAUGAGGAGAGAACAUUGGAGUAUAUCUUCACUUUUAGGAGUGGGGGAAUAAGCACUUUUUUCCCAGUUUAAUCACCUUGGAUAAUUUGAGAAAGGUGAAGGAUUUAAGUUAGUCUGAAAAGUUUUCUCUAGUACAGCGGUUCCCAACCUUUUCCAGACGGGGACCCAUUUUGACAAUUCAGGAAGACUUAGUGACCCAAAGCAAUUCAAAAACGGGGGGAGGAGAGAGGGCAGAGCCACCUGGGGAGACACUUGGCGACCUUUUUGAAAUGUAAUGGUGACCCAUAUUUGGGUCCCAACCCAUAGGUUGGGAAACCCUGCUCUAGUAUGAAAGACCGUCUUUAAGCCCUGAAGAGUUCAUAGAGAAUGACAAGAGAGAGAAAUGCAUUUACCAGUUUUGUGCCUGAGUACCACUCUCAAGCUUGCUAGAGACUUUGUUUGCUAUUCGCCGUGGUCCUCUGUCUCCCAAUGCCAUUUAAAACCUUGCAUGUAAGAUGCCCAAUGCUUCACUGUAUAAGAGUGGCCAUAACACAAAGGGAUUAUAUGCAGACUUUAUUCAACCGCUGAAUUGUUGAAGAUUAAGGUUGCUCAUAUACUGCAAGAAAAAAAACUGUCUGAAACAUACAAGACAAGAUGUGCAUUUCUACUUUAGAAUCCAGGUAAAUGAUCCAAUACUAAUUGGCUGUGUCUACAUUGGCACCCUUUUCCGGAAAAGGGAUGCUAAUGAGACACUUCAGAAUUGCAAA